AUGAAUCAAAGGUAUCAGGAGCGGUUGUACUCGGAUAUUUUCAAUCGUGACAAUGAUGAAACCUUUUAUCGUUCCUUAUUCACCACCCCUAUUAACAAGAAUGUCUUACUUGAAGCGUUUGGGUCCAUAAUAGAACUGGAUGAAGUUUCUUCCACUAUUUCAGGACGAAAGUUGUCUGUUUUACAACACAUUUUCCAAACUGGGUUGGCAGUUUAUGCUGAUGCCAUUGGGUAUAUUGAUCAGGAACAGGUGGGCGUUGAGCCUCUUGAUCAGAGCGUGUCUGUUGAUAGUAUAUUUCGAAGAUCUAGUUUACUUGAUAUUGAUGGGGAUGAUAUAACUGAAUUAAGUGGGAAACUGCUGAAGAACUCAAGUCGGCAAGUGUUGGAAUUUAAUGAUGGCGAUGACCUUACUAGUUUGCAUGGUCAGACAAGCACCAGUCAGUUAACGGAAGAACAAUCAUCUCGCUCUGCAACAACAACACCUAUUGGCAAGCAUGAGUCUGAAUUUGACAAUUUGAACCCUGAAGUAAAGGCUGAUUUGAUAAUUAAUAUCCUUCGAAUUUUCCACCUUUGGUUCAAAAACAUUAUAAACACAAAUGAAAAGCUAAAGGGGACAAACACGCUGUUUGGCUUGACAACACGUGUUGAUUUGAGUGUUAGUUUGUUUUCCGGGGGAUUGGAUGUUUUGUCGUUGGUUGACUUAAUAACUAAAGUAAAAUGGUACUUAAAAACUACUCUACAACAAAUUCAACUGGGUGAAUCAGUGAAAUUACCAGUUAUAAAAGAGUCACUCCUACUUUUAACGGAAAUAUUGAAAUCAAUUUACACUGGAUUGGUUGUUCACCCUUCGUCCAGUGGUAACUAUCAUGUGCUUAAAAGUUUACUAUUCACGUUCUACCAAGUGAACCUUGCCAAUGAAAUUCAGUCAAUUAUAACUAUAACUCAACCUUUCAAAAAUGGAGACAAGUAUGAACCUCCAAAGGUAAUAUUAUCGAUAGAUACGUUAUUCACAUUGCAUUUACUCGUUGGUGUCUUGGUAAAUAUCCCGACUAGCUUACUACCUACACACCUAAACUCUUCCGAUAUAACGGCAUUGUCUAUCCAAUCCCUCAAUCCUUAUAAAUCCAUGCCAUUAUUUGCAAGAAUAUAUGAUUGGGAGCUAUUCCAAAGUGAAAUAAACCUGAGAUUAUUGCCUAUAUUCUGCAUGGAAUUCAACUAUUGUUACAAGUUUCGCCCUGACUUGAUGUUGGACAAGAUUAAAACAAAUUCGAUAUUCAACUGGUUGAACCUUAGUACUGAUGCUUAUGUUCAUUGUAACACUGUGGAAACUUAUACAACCUUGUCUAAUCCCAAAUUGAAUCUUUUGGAAGGACAAGACGAGUUCUUGGUCAACUUGCAACAUGUCUAUGAUCACAAAAUAAGUAGAAUCAGUGAUAAGUUGGACUUACAAAAGCUUAUAUCAGUUACAUUAACAAUAAAAUCCCUUAUUGGCAAUCCCAGCUUUGUUUCUGUCCUAAUUGAACAAAGGACAAGCGCAAACCCUGAAGACUUAACUGAAGAUGAGCUCAAAAAUGUGGAAUUAUUUGAAGUUUGGUUGUGCUUAUUAUCAUAUAUUUUUGAGUAUCAAUAUCGCUCAUCCAGUUUACAACAUUUAACCACCCUUUCGUUGGAAAUCAUCUUGAAUUUGACCACCAAUUAUAUAAGCGAUUUGAAGAAAUAUCAAAUUAAUGAAGAUAAAUGGAAAUUAUGUCAUCAGAAACUACCAUUUGUUCCACAUGAUCAAGGUGAUUUGGGUUAUAAAUCUAGUUUAUUCUAUAUUUUAGAUUGUGUUCAGAACCUUAUUCGAUUUAACUUGACUAAUAAGUUGAAUGUCAAGAAUUACCGCCUUGGUGUUAAUUUGAUUCAUCAGAUAUUGUCCUGUUUUGAACAGGAUAGCAAUAUAGAUCUUGGGAAAUAUUCAUGGUUUGAAUUCCAUUCUACUAUUUGCACAUUGGUUAAAUUUAUUGAUAAACAGAAUUUACUUGCUUUUAAGAAGUUAGAUAGUAAACAAGUGAGGGUUUUAGUUGAGGAAGUGUUGGUGACUAUUGAUUUUAUGUUGAAUAAGAGAUUCAAUCAAUGUGAGCAGGUUGUUGAUAGUGAAUCGUGGUUUUGGACAAGUACUCCUAAUUCAAUUAAUUAUAGUUUAAUCUAUAAUAUCUUGUUGAAUUUUGAAAGUUUUACCAGGUUGAUAAAUGAGCUUGAAUUGACCAACUUGACAAGAUUGUCUCGAUGCAUGAAACAAUAUGAAAGUCAAUUUCAGUUAACAGAAACAGAAGAGAACAGGAUAAAUUACAGUGAUCUUGAUUAUGAUUCACCAGAAUUUGUACAGAAAAUCAAUGAAUACUUUUCCCAGGAGGAAGAACCAAAACAAAACAAACCUGAUCACAAAUUUCAAGAAACACUAUUACAUGAAGGUCUUGUUACAGAUAACGAUAUGAUAACUUAUAUUCAAACGGCAUUUCCAGUUAACUUUUAG